UGUAAUGGAGAAGAGGCAAUUAAAGUCCAGAGAGCUAAGUGACCUGAACAAGGUCACAAGGCCAGCAAGGAGUAGCGCUUUGGAGCAAAUCCUUCAGGCGAACUUCAGUUCCUGCCCCGAGGAGGUGUAAGUGUCUUCUCCAGAGAGCCAGGAUUAGGGGUGAUCCUGAAGGACAAUGGGGAUGGGAACUCCUCCAGGAGGGAAGAAGGUCAAGCCGCAUAGCCAUUGUUGUGUCAUCUCAGGUUGGACCUGGUGCUUGGGAGAAAUUUUGAUUAAUUAGGCCCUAUUGUGGGCUUUGCCUGCAGACUUCAGGAUACAAGUUAGCAGUUCAGAGAUAGUGGAGUUUCCCCAAGGCUAUGGACAGCCAAUCCGGGACUACCGUAGCUGAAAUGCGAAAGAGGCAGCAGUCACAAAAUGAGGGAACACCUGCCGUGUCUCAAGCACCUGGAAACCAGAGGCCCAACAACACGUGUUGCUUUUGUUGGUGCUGUUGUUGCAGCUGCUCCUGCCUCACUGUUAGGAACGAAGAGAGAGCAGAAACUGCAGAAAGACCCACGCUUACCACCAAAAUGGAGAGUAUCCAGGUCCUAGAGGAAGGCCAAAACCCCACUACAGAUGAAGUCUUGUCCUGGUCUCAAAAUUUUGACAAGAUGAUGAAGGCCCCGGCAGGAAGAAAUCUUUUCCGAGAGUUCCUCCGAACAGAAUACAGUGAAGAGAACCUACUUUUCUGGCUUGCCUGUGAAGACUUAAAGAAAGAGCAGAACAAAAAAGUCAUUGAAGAAAAGGCCAGAAUGAUAUAUGAUGAUUACAUUUCGAUACUAUCACCAAAAGAGGUCAGUCUUGACUCUCGAGUUAGAGAGGUGAUCAAUAGAAAUCUGUUGGAUCCCAAUCCUCACAUGUAUGAAGAUGCCCAACUUCAGAUAUAUACCUUAAUGCACAGAGAUUCUUUUCCAAGGUUUUUGAACUCUCAAAUAUAUAAGUCAUUUGUUGAAAGUACUGCCAGUUCUACUUCUGAAUCUUAAUUUUCACUUAAAGAAAUCAUUUUGGAGGGCUGGGAUGGGAAAUAAAAGUUGUCAUAUAACAUCAGACACGGAGUUCCUGGAGAACUACAGUUUAGCAUUCCUCAGGCUACUGUGAAAAUAAAACCAUAUGGUCUUUGUCUCCAUUUUUAUCAAGGUUAUCCAUGGUUAACUUUGGAGAAAAUACCACAUAAAACAAUGAAUUGCCAAAUUAAGUUUGUUUUACUCAACACUCAUUCUACUUGCAAGCAAACUGUAUUUGUAGCCCUAUGAACAGUCUCCUAGUGUAUUUCCAGAGACUGCAUGUGCAAAGUCAAACUGCUUCAUUUGCCAUGUAGUUGUUGUAAUAUUUAAUCCAAUGACAUAACUUAUAUCUGUAUUUAAGGACUUUUGUGCAAUAUGGUCUUACAAAAAUAAUUGCCAAAAAGUUGGCUGUAGUUUGCGUUUUUAAAUAUAAUCUAAGACAGACAAAGCCAAUUUUUAAAUUGUAAACAAUAGUAUUCAACAUGCUAUAUACUGUAUUCAGUACACUCAUUUUGAAGCCAAUAUAUCUGUACAUGAAAAAAGAGCUAUUUAUCUCUGUUUGUUGGGAAAUCCCAAUGGGGGAUUCCUCUGGUUGUUCACUGCCAAAACUGUGGCAUUUUUAUUACAGAAGCAUUUGUUGUGUAAAAAAUAAUAAGAUGAAAAGAGAAAAAAAGCACAAAAUAAUUUGAAGACCUUCUAUCUCAAUGACAAAUCAAAGAAUGAUAUUGUUUUUAAUUGUAACAGAAGAAAAUGAAUCUAUGUAUAUAUCACAUGUCCAAUACUGUAAUUAAUUUAUUAAAGGCUGGCUCUCCAGUUCUCAAACAGUUGUGUAAUGUAUGUACUUU